UUAUAUAUAUAUAGAAACAAGGGACUGUUGUUUUACUCUGAAUAAAAAGAGUUGGAAACAGAGCAGAGAGAAGAAAUGGCGGCCAAAGAGGUGGGAGACAUCGUAUCUCUUCUCUCUACCGACGAGAGGGACUUCCUCGUCGACAGCAAUGGCGAAAAGGUUCCCAUCUCAGAUCUUCAAGGGAAGACGGUGGCUUUGUACUUCUCAUACCCCUACUUCAGGACCUGCGCUGAGUUCACUCCGGUGCUCGCCCAAAUUGAUAGGAAGCUCAAGGAAGUCGGACAAAGCUUCGAGGUUGUGCAAGUGCUCCCGGUCGACGAGAAGGUGUCUUACAAUGAAGCCAUAGAAUCCACGUCUUGGCUCGCAGUUCCUUUCAACGACCAAAGCGUCACUGGUCUCCUCAAACAUUUUGGGGUCAAUAGCUUCCCUACUCUGGUUCUCAUCGGAUCUGAUGGAAAGACUGUGGAUGUUAAUUUCACUGAACUCAUCGAGGAGCUCUCCGGUGAGGCAUGGGAAGCAUUCCUAUUUUCCCAGGAGAAGCUCGAUAAGCUGUUGGAGAAAGCAAAGGCCAAACGUGAGGCACAGACGCUGGAAUCACUCUUUGUGUCUGGAGACUUGGACUAUGUCAUUGGAGCACAAGGCUCUAAGGUUCCAGUAAGAGAGCUCGUCGGAAAGACUAUCCUCGUGUACUUUUCCUCACUUCAGUGCCCUCCAUGCCGUGCUUUCCUGCCCAAACUCGUUGAACAUUACCAUCAGAUCAGGAAUGUGGACAAUGCUUUUGAAAUUAUCUUUGUCUCGUCCGACCCUGAUCGAGCCUCCUUUGAGGAAUUCUUCUCGUCCAUGCCAUGGCUGGCACUGCCUUUUGGCGACGAGAGGAAGAAAUCCUUGGCUCGCACUUUCAGAAUUUGUAUGCUGCCUUCCCUCGUCGCUCUCCAUCCCAGUGGGCGUACCCUCGCCAGGGAUGCCAAGCAGCUGCUCACGAUCCUCGGAACCGAUGCCUAUCCAUUCACCGAGGAGAAGAUCACAGAAGCAGAGCGUCGGACCGAGGAAAUGGCAAAGGGGUGGCCUGAGAAGAUAAAGCCUGACCUCCAUGAGCAUGAGCUUACCCUCGCUCGUUGCUCCUCGGUAGAUUACUGCCAUGCUUGCGAGCAGAUGGGAAUUGCCUGGCUCUAUUAUUGUACCAAGUGCGUUUACAGCUUGCAUCCACAAUGUGCAUUGAAGGAGGCAGAAAUGGACAAGGAAGGAUGUGUUUGUGAUGGAGAUGUUUGUCGCAAAAUCUAAUCUGCUAUGUGAGUGAAAUGUCUUGAGGGCAUCUAAUCUGCUAUCUCUUCAAAUAAUUUAUAUUAUAUUAACACCUCUGUUUUAUUAACACACUCA